GUAAAGUCGUUGAAAAAUGCAUCAUCUUGGCAUGGGAGCAGCGGCGGGAGCUGUCGUAAUCAAUGCGCUACACGGAUUGCCGACCUUGCCAGGCACCAGCCUCUGGAAAUGGAAGGAGCACUAGCGCACAGCAUGAUACCAACCGUAGACAGCGCCACCGCAGAGGCCGACCGGAAGUGCGGCAGUUUGGACGUGGAUCUGGAUCGAAAGUUCCUAAACAAUAAUAAUACUACUAGCAUGAAGUGUUUGCAAUUCACCAGACCACCUGACCCACCACCACCACCUGCGUUACUCUUCGAUUACGUAGUUGAGCAGAGCAUCCAAAGUCAACAGCACAAUCUCCUAGAUAGCGAAAUCAAAAGUUUCGAAAACAUAAGCUUUAAUAGCAAUAGUGACGAGCAGUCAGCGAAUAGUCAAGUAGAAGAAGUAGCAACCAAUUCACCUAGCGUUAGUAGCCAGCCAGUAGAAAAUUCUGCGGUCGUUGAACCAAAAGAAGUAAAAAUGCCCAAAACAGGUACCGAUACAGCGAAAUCAUGCGUCAAUUCGAAUGUUACCAUUGCCUCAACUAACCAAACCAGCAAAACUAAUACAACGAAGUCAUCACCUGUUGUUGUGACCCCAACGAUAAUAACGACCACAUCAGAAGACCCAUUGAAAACCAUCUUCUGUACUAACAACCACCAUGAAAGCUCAACUAACCACCCCAACCAUAAACAUCAUCCCACCUUCGUUCCACCUGCUCAACCAUCCGAAGGAGUCUGCACGUCCGUACCCUCCGUCACCAUGUGUCACCCAAUUGUUAAGCCACCUUUGCCUUCAAUAACGACUGAAACCCCGACUAACAAUGGCCAUCCUUACGGGGCUUCCACUGAAGUCUCCACCGUUGCUGCAGUUGCCACAACCGCCGCCAUGACCGUCACUGCUUCUGCAGCCGCCGCAUGCCCAAGCAAACCACCCACCCAUUACCACUACCACCAGUACCAUCCCCAACACCACCACCUUAACCAUCCCCAUAACCCACCGCCACCCGGCCACUCAAACCCAACCUUAUCCCACAGUGUCCGCUUCAUGACGCAACACAUUAAAAUCUUACCGAAAACUCAAUCCCUAGAUCUGGUGGACAACGAUGACCACCUGUUGGAGGCCAGCAAUAGGACCGAAUCCCAGCUGGAGAUCAACACGGCCGGAGUGACGUUCAAAGGCCGGGUGCUUCCGAAACUCCAGCCGCUGGAUCAGACGCGACCCAUCUAUCCCAACGUGCCGUACAGUCCGUACAACAGCCCCUACGGCAGCCCGCGAAGUGGCCGCCGGCGGACGCCUUUGCGCGAGUCCAGACGGGUCUCCAUCGAACAGUCCGGCAGCUUUCUGCAACUGAACCAAUACAAACUGCUAGAUCAGAUUGGCCAGGGCUCCUACGGGCUAGUGAAGCUUGCCUACUCCGAGGAAGACUCGACGCAUUAUGCCAUGAAAAUCCUGUCCAAACGAAAGCUGCUUCGCAAGGCCGGCCUGAUGCGCCGGGGACCAAAGCGAGGAACAUCCCCACUGGACCGGGUGUACCGUGAAAUUGCCGUGCUAAAGAAGCUGGACCACCCGAACGUGGUGAAACUGGUCGAGGUGCUGGACGAUCCACUGGAGGAUUCGCUGUAUCUAGUUUUCGAACUGGUGCAACACGGAGAGAUUCUCAGUAUACCGACCGAUUGUCCGCUUAGCGAGGAACGUGCCUGGAAUGUGUUUCGGGACGUUAUCCUCGGUGUCGAGUAUCUUCACUACCAGCGGAUUAUCCACGGAGACCUGAAGCCAGCCAAUCUGCUGAUGUCGGACUCAGGCAGCGUGAAGGUAGCUGAUCUGGGUGUUUGUAACGAGUUCCUUGGCGAGGAUGCCGCAAUGAACAAUGGCUCAACAGCGGGCACGCCGGCGUUCAGGGCGCCUGAAACGCUGCUCCCCGGGCAGCACGUCUACAAUGGGAAAGCGGCCGACAUUUGGGCGCUGGGUGCUACUCUCUAUUCGCUAGUCCAUGGAAAUGUUCCUUUUAUAGCUACUUCGGUUCCUGGGGUGUACGAGAAGAUCAAAGGCGAUCCGCUGCAGUUUCCUCCCACUAGUCCGAUCAGUCCAGAGCUGCGGGACCUUAUCGAAACCAUGCUGGAUAAGGACCCCCAGCUGCGGAUCACUCUGCCCCAGAUCAAGGAGCACUGCUGGGUGACCAAAUUUGGUCGCUAUCCGUUGCCCAGCGAGGAGGAAAAUUGCCGGCUCGUGCAGAUCAACGACGAAGACAUGACAACCGUUGUGAAGAGCAUUCCAAAGCUAGAUACGCUAAUACUGAUAAAGACUAUGCUCAAGAAGCACUCGUUCCUAAACCCGUUCAUGAGGGGUAUUUCCGGCCGGGCGCCGCAGCUGGGCGGUUCGCGAAUCGAGCGGUUUAGCCGAUCCGGGCGGUCCAAUUCCGCCCCGGGGGAUUAUCAUACUUCGGAGAGGCAACCCUCGAACGAAUCACUGCUGCCCUCGGUGACGGAAGGCGUUUCCAGCCCUGGAGGCAGCCCUGAACAGCUGUCACCGUGCAAGGUUCCCAGCAUCGUAUCGACUCCGUCCCAGGAUUCUUCCAACACCGCCACGGCCACGGAGACUGGCGACCUCCUCGCCGAGGUCGAGGAGCCCAAACCGGAGAGCACAGACCCCAUGACCUUGCCAAACCGGGCAUACUUAGAAGUUCUGCUCUAAUUCGAUGCUAGUGAUUUCCAAUAAUUUGUUUAGUGUCCAAAGAUUUUUAGAACCCCUUAACCGAAAGCAAUUGGUGAGACAAGCUAUUUAACGUUUUAGCCGCUCAUUUAUCACUGUUGUUUUCCGGAUAGAUAUCAUUAAACUUAACAUCAUUCCGUCUCGCAACUACAGCAAAUAGAAGCGUAAGAAGUGUCGUUCAGCGUUGUUCAUUUUUAUAUUCAUUAGAUUUUACUUGUACUUAUUGUGCAUACGGAAUUUUGACGGUUUUUGCAUUUAAUAGUUGGCAGAAAGAUUAAAUCACAAACGUUAAACUAAUAGCUUUGAACAACUUUGAAUGUUAUCGGUAGCGAGCGGACGGUGGAAUUUAGUAACAGUGUAAAUAUUUACGAUAAUUGAUCUUUUUAUCACGUAGUCCAAGUAACGGAGAUGUUUUUUAAAAAAGUCAACUAACAUUUGAAUACAUGCAUAAUUAUUGACCAAAAAUUGAAUGUUUAACUACAUACUUAAGAGUUUGAUAUUACUUAAGGCUCGGCAGUGAUGGGCUCAGAGUCAGAAAUUCAGAAAUUUUACGCUUUAAAAAUAACUAAUAAAUAUAAAACAUAACAUAUGUGACAGUAAAGAAUCCAUAUUGUAAAUAUCAGAACUUGCCACUAAAAAUUUGAAAGAAUUUGGCCAAAAAGCAUCUCGGAACGAGAACUAACACUGAUGGCAAGUUGUGAUAUAGUUUUUUUCGCAGAUCUUUCUCUUUGAAUCUUCUUAUGAACCUUUAAACUUAACCUAGCAACUAUAAUCAAUGUAGGCAACAGGCAAUUCUCCGAUCAUGAACAAUUCGUCAAAUUUGCAACAGCGUAAAACUACUUAGCACCGAAAAAAAGCAAGCGUGAGGAAGAAAAAAGAACGUUAGAGGAUACAAGCCCAUAGUGAUAGAUUUCCAAUCACUUAAGCUUUAAUAUGAAACCUACAUAUAUGAAUACUACCUACAUAACUGCAUCGUAUAGAACUGACAACCAAGAGAACCGUUGAGUUUCGUCACCAUAGACCGUGUGGCAUACGUACAUCGGGACCAUUCAGUUGUUUAGUACGUUGUUCCUGUAAGGUUGAACGCUAAAUGCCUUCUGUUUUGAACUCUCAACUUAAUCUAUAUACUUAGGUAUUCCCAUCUCUGUCACAUGUACAUUUCCUAACAAGAACAUUUCAAAACUUUGGAUCAUUUUGUCGUUAAGAUAGUAAGCAGUUCUUUCAUCCGAAAUCACGUAUUAGCCUAAUUAGUUUCGUCGGAAAACCAUUUUCUGGCAUAAUCUGCCAAAGCUACUUGAAAACCAAUGGACAGAAGUUUCGUCUGCAAAUAGUACUCCCGGAAUUUGUCUAGGAUCAUCCGCAGGUUAAACGUCUGAUCCGUCGUUAAUCGACUCUCACGAACACCAGCCUGGUUUUUACGAUUAAAGAUUUCUCACCGAGACCUGUCAUCAACUAUGUUUAUGCUAUUCUUCCGAACACUUCAUUUUUUGCCAUUUAACAACUGUUCGAAUUGUUUGUUCCACCUUGCAGCCACUAGCAUUGUUUUCACCGUCAGCAAAUUUCCUUCUCGGUCACUUGACGAGCACUAGCACAGUCUUGUGCCGCGAACCAUUGCUGUUCCAUAAACCAUCGCAUAUCGUUCCGAUUCAUAGUUUCCUGAGUUUUAACAAUCACACUUUCUUUCAACGACUGCAUCUUGCUGCGUUAGAUUCGUUGCUCUUCUGCUUUUAUCAUCCUGUAUCGCUCUCUGGCUAGAUAUAAGUAGAAUGAUUGGAAGGAAGAGUUGCGUCUUGUUUUAAUUUUGACAGGUCUCCUGCUCGUUUGGAACGGAAAUUUGUAUGGAUUUGAAUGAUGAUCGUUGUUUCAAUUUAGACAUAGACGCGGUUCUCCCUUGCAGUCACUCUAGAUAAGUGGUUUUCAGAUCGUGCACCGCGAUGCACUUGGUGAAUUUUUGAAUUUUUUGUGAUUUAGUUGUAACAAAGUGUGCUGCUUGGGUUCAUGAAUAAACCCCCAUAGGCUUAACCUUGCUAUUGUGAAUAUUGCGUAACUCACCGGAACAAUCCGUUCCCAGCCAUCUUAGCAAACUUCAGUACAAUCACUUGGCCUGAUACGGGACCUCGCGAUGCAGGCGACUUGCUCCGCCAAAGCUCCACUCCUCAAUGAGGCAGCAUCACACUUCCCACCUCGUCAUGAUGCAUGCUGUCAUCGACGCUUGCUAGGGGGAAGACACCCAAGGGGAAUGACACUAAUCUUUGUACACACCCCACAGCUAUUGAAUUGAUACUUUCAUACUUCAAAAACUAGCAGCAAGGAAAUCUCUAAACAUUCACAGAAACCAAUAUUAACUGCAAUGUGUCUUUCCGACGAAAUGAUCCAAAAACUUCAACCCUCUAAUGGGCCGAACCCUACACGUUCAUUAUAUCUCCAAAAACACACCUUUUUCAACCUGCAUAGACUCAAUAUACAACGAGGAAAAAAGUAGAAACAUUUAGACCUCUAAGCAAAAAAAAAAACAUUCGUAAUUAAUAAAUCAAUUUUGGAACAAAUAUGGUAGCAUAUAUUUUUCGGUAAAAUCGUACCCCAUUUCGUAGUUUCGUUAUACAGUUUUAUACACCAUUUGUAAAACAACCUAGAAGCUUUAAGUAGCCGAUCGAAAAACGUUGAUAGUGAUCCCCCAACCACGAAAAUAAAUCCAAAAGACAGGAAGCGCGGAAUGAGUUCUCGAGAAGUGAUUAGGAACAUCCCUUAAAAAAAUCAAGCAUAUCAACUAAAAUGUUACAUUUGAAUACCUUGACCUUGAAUUGAAUAUAUCGGAAAACAACUAUAGUACUUGCUAUCGAUGCUUUUGGUAAGAAAAAAAAACUGAUUCAAAGAAUGUUGAUGCAAAAAUGAGAAAACAUUAAUCGCUUGAGUCCACGAGUACCAGAUUUGAAUAUUAUAAAACUAUAACUUCAUAUAUAUAGAACUAUCGAAUUAUUUUCAUCUUAGAAACUCGUCUCUAUUUACAAAUCUCUAUCUGUCAUAAUACUUACUGAAAUAUGCACAAAAUUCACUUAAAAAUUCUAAUUCAAUGUAGUCUUAUUCAUAUUUUCAAGUUGGAUCCAGCAUCAAAAGUGAGGUGACAAGGAUUGUUUACACAUUCACACCAGUUCAGUUAGUCGGAAGCUGGCAUAUCAAGAGAACUGGCAGCCCUUUUUUCACCCAAGGAAAAAAUCUUGUUUUGAACUUAAGCUAUUAAUAAGCAAAGAAUAAAAUGAAAUUCAUUAAAAAAAUGUUCCACCCGUAUUCAAGCUUAAGCUCUUAGCAGCACUUAUUUCUUGAAAUAAUUAACAAAAUUGUUUUUUUUUUUCUAUUACAAAAUGCGUUUCUGAUAUUCAAUAUGGAGCAUGUUGUUUUCUUGAUAUGUCAUUUUUGAAAACAGAGCAUAAAAAACAGAACCAAAAAACAAAUAUAACUUGAAAUAGGUACGUUCAAACUGUUACAAUACCUAUUCCACAGCAGGUAUAUAUGGGUAUGUUUCUUUUUUUACAGACAAUCAUUAGCUGGUUACGCAAUAAAUUCACAGAGCUAAGACACAAAUCUCUCAUCAUUUUUUGUUACUAAGUGUGUAACUAAAUGUACACAACAACAAUAGCUUUUUUGGACGUAAUAAUUUAUACAAACCUUUGUCAUGCACUUACUCACCAUUAUUGUUGACAAAACUUGAUUUAGUCCAUUCCAAUCCACCCAAACAAUAAGUACCUAAUUUUACCGUUUUUUCCCAAUGCCCUGCAAAUACAAAUUCAUUCACAUCACUCUAUAGUUAAGCCCACUAUACCGUAAAUUGAUCUUGUUCAUUGAAUGCUUACAAAAACUUUUAAAAUCCUUCCCACUGUAGUUCAAAACAUUAAAAGAACAAGCACAACAAACCAUUGAAAAGCUAUCACUAUUUUGUAGCUAUAACCUGUCUAGAAACAAAACAUCUCAUCAUUGAAGCAUAUUGGUUGUAUUGAUGUUGGUAGUAAACCAUUCUUUAUCGCAUUGUUUUCAGUUUUACACACUCAAUUAGCACAACAUGUUUUCUCAAGCAAUUUCGACACAAAUUAAAGCUAAAAUAAAGUUUUACCAAUUUUAUUCAAUCGGA